AUGCCACCAGCGCUGGCUACCAUUUCAGCCUCCCCUACCCCAACCUUCAUACCUGCACUCAGGCCUCCACCAGGUGUCACGUCGAACCCUGAGCAUCCGGCUUCUUUGGCUCACUAUAGUCAUUUGACUACGGCGAUCUGCGUGCCAAUCAUCACGAUCUUCUUUUUGCUUCGGACUUAUGUUCGCAUUUUUGUCAAGCGGGUUUGGAUCUUUGAGGACGUGUUGACAACAGCAGCAUGGGCCGGCACAAUUGCAUAUUUUGGCAUCUUGGAAGCUACGAUGACGCAUCACGGUGGAGAACAUGGUUGGGAUAUCACUUCCGGCGAAGCUCAUUCGGCCGCCUACUGGUUCAACGUUGCAGCCAUAGAGUACGGCGUGAUGAUAUGCGUAGUCAAGCUCGCAGUGCUCUGGCUAUACCGGCGCGUCUUCUCGCCGAAGCGAUGGAGCCCCUUCGACAUCGCCAUCACUGUCCUAAUCGUGAUACUUAUCGGCUUCUACGGGAUUACUACCUUCGUCAAGAUUUUCGAGUGCAAUCCGCGCGCUAAGAUUGCUGAUGCUUCCAUCCCGGGCCACUGCGUCGAUCUGGCAGCGGUGCUGAAGACGAGCGGCUCCUUCAACUUCAUCACGGAUUUCCUCAUCCUCUUUCUUCCCGUGCACGCGGUCUGGAAGCUAGAGAUGGGCAGGCGGAAGAAGGCGCUUGUGGUCUUCGUGUUCACUUUCGGGCUAUGUGCCCCAAUCUUCGCCACCAUCGGCUUCGUCGUGCGCCUCCACAACAGCGCAAACCCAGACACGUCGUGGCGACAACCCGAGAUUCUCCUUUGGGGCGCGGCUGAGCUCUCCAGCGGCAACCUCUGCGUCUGCUUCCCCGAACUCGGCCCGCUCCUCCCCCGCAUCCUACGCCUGUUCCCACACCGCCGCCGCGUGCAGCCAAGUGCCCAAGGGAAGGCUACCUCGCGUCCAGGCGCACGCAUCCCGAUGCUGCUGAAGCGCGCACGGCCCGGCGGGCGUCGCGCGCGAAAUGUCAUGGACUCCGGGAUCGGGCUCAGCGCGCCGAACGGCGGCGGGAAGUCGUUCCGCGAGCAGUUCUUGCCCAGGGGCUGGAUGGACUCAGGGCUUGGGUCGCAUAAUGCGGGGACGGUGGCGGCGGCGGGAGAGGGGGUCGAGGGGGAGACGAAGGCCGGGGGAGGAGGGGUGGUGGAGAAGGGGUCGAAGAGUGAGGGGAGCGAUUUGGAGGCGCCGUGA